AUGCAGGUUGUGGUUGAUGAUGAUGAUGAUGAUGAUGAGGUUAUGACUAUAAUUAUUAGGAUUGAGAAUGGGUUUUCCAGGAGGAGUCCAAUCCCUUUCAAACAUGGGGGGAAGCGUCCUUUCCUGCCGUCGAUACCGGCAACCGUUGGAAAGCAUGGGGAGUUGCGAAAGGCGAAUGUGAAGCUAUCAGAAGUGGGUGAAGUCUGCACGACUGCAGUAAAUUUCACUGGAAAUGGAUCCGACACAUGUAAUUCCGAGAGAUGGUCUCGUGCCGACGUCGAUCCCAGGCUCCAUGUGAUCAUUCAUAUCAAGCUAGACAAUGCUGCUGUUUUGGGCAAAGAGUCUCAAAUGCUUGCCAAUGCUAAUUUGGGGAAGUUCCACGUUUCGAUUGCACCAGUAGUUGCACAAGUACGGAUACGAAAGGAAGGUGCAAGAGCUCCAGCAAAAAAGAAAAGAGAAAGAGAUGGCAUCAUUUGGGGGCAGUACAUCCGGGCCUGGGGAUACAAGUCGGGCCCGGUCCGACCCGCCUUGUCGAUCACCCCUAUCUGCAUUAUUAAUCACGUCGACACGAGUAUAAACGAGAGGCCAGUGUCGCCCAGCUCCAACGAGAUUUUAACUUCCACUGUGCUCGGCAAUGGUGGUCGGGACCUCCACCCUCACUCCCUCUCCCUCUCCCUACACGUUCCUCCGCAAACCCGCCUCGCCUUCUUCCCUCCUCUUCCUCCGCCGAGUCCGCGCGCGCCCGAGACGGCCGACCGGCGCCGGAGCGGCCGGCCCUCAUGGGCCUCCUUCUCGCCGCCGAUCAAGUCCUACAUGGAGGAACAGACCUCCCUCGCCGGCUUCGCCAACAAGGUCAUUGGCUCCCUGCCCGUCGUCGGGCUCGUGGCGAGGAUCUUCAGUGACGAGGGCGGGGUCGGCGGGGACAUCAUAGACUUCGCCGAGUUCAGGAGGCGGGUCGGGAAGAAGUCCACCGUCAACGACUCCCGUGCUUUCUACGAGUUCCAAGAUCGUCGCGGCCGGGCAGGGGAUCCCUUGUAUGUUCUGCUUUGCUGUUGGUUAGCAGCUGUUGGAGCUGGUCUUCUCAAAUCUGAGGAUAUAUUGGGAGGUGUGGCCAGGCUGCGGCUUUCGAACGAUAUCGAAUUUGAAGAACAAAACUUCAUUGCCUUGAUGAACGAGGCGAGAGAGAGAAGAGCAAAGUUAAAUGCAUCAGCCCCAAGCAUCCCCAUGGAGGUUCGCGUGGAGAAGGCACUGGAGGCGAUUUAUGUCUGUUGCUUCGGUAAGGAUCCUAUUGAGGAGGAAGAUGAGCAACUCCUGCAAACCAUGCUCGGCGUCGUUUUCCAGUCGGUCAAGCAGUCUCAGAUACAGACGAUGAUUAGAGACUUGAUUAAAAAGGUAGCCGAAGGAGGCAGUGAAGUUACAUUCGUGGAGGCGAAGCCCUUACCUAAAGAGGCCGCAGAGCUCCAAAUGAAGGACCUCCAGUUUCUCAGACAAAACAGCGAGACUUGAGAAUUUGAGGUGCUGGUGAGGAAAGAUGGAGAGGUUUGUGAUUCGGAGUAUGAUAUGUUGUAAUUAGCACGCGCUGUCACAGGAAGAAACCGGCGAUGCCUGUCUGUUCGAUGUUCACUCAUCGAUCGAGGCAAAACUAGAGCGUGCAAAUGCACUGGAGAGAGAAAUCUUGAUUAGAGUUUGUUCUGCACUGCCUUUUCCUCUCCUUGUUACUCUUGAGUGCUUGUAAUUCGAUCGAAGUUAAAAGGAGAAUUAAGGGCGAGGCACCUUUAAUGUGAUUGAAUAACAUUCCCGUACCUUAGCUGUUGUGACACUUUUAGUCAACCCUGCUCGUCCUUGUUGCGCCUUU